CCCUUAAUCAUCCACGAUCCCACUACACUUUCUCUUCAAUCUAGUGAGAAAACCCUCGUAAUCAAUAUGCUCUGUUCAGCGCUGUCCAAUCAGGAAUCCUACUGCGGAUUCCGGGUUCCACGUCGAUUCCCCGUAUCGGCUCAGCCCUCGCUGUCGGCCGAAGUGCAUUCCAUGAUACACGGCAGUUCUCCCUCGACUGAAUCCAAUGCGAUCAAGACGGAUUAUGGGCGACCCGUCAACCCCGGGAAUGCUCGGUAUGCUGACGAUCAGAUUGCGAUGGUUGAAACGCCCGCCUCAGAUGAUCCCAGCUACCAAGUGCAUGAUCGGGACCGACUAGGCUGGAAAUUACCCACACCCGAUUUCGAAGGUGCAACUGUGCGUAGUUUUAUUGCUCAGGCGUCCUGUAAGGCGUCCGGUAAGGCGACAUUGUAA